GCUGCGCGGCGUCCAGUCUCCUUGCGACGUCGCCCUGGCGCGUGUCUUCCGAUGCUUUUCGGUGAUUGGGUCCUCUCUCAGCCAAUCGGGCAGUGGCGCGGAAGAAGCUUGGAGGAAGUCAUGGCCGCCUAAGGUGAAGAGCCAUUCGGGAGAACUUGUUGGCCGCCGAGCUGCGCCAUGAGUAGUUUCGGCGGGAGGAUGCGGGAAUACCCGCACCUCUCCAUAGACCGCUUCGACCGGGAGAACCUGCGAGCCCGAGCUUACUUCUUGUCCCACUGCCAUAAGGACCACAUGAAAGGCCUGAGAGCCCCCACUAUGAAAAGAAGACUGGCCUGCAGCUUGCAAGUUCGCCUGUACUGUUCCCCAGUGACGAAGGAGUUGUUGCUGACGAAUCCAAAAUAUAAAUUUUGGGAGAAUCACAUAGCUGCUCUUGAAGUUGAAACCCCAACACAGAUUUCUCUAGUUGAAGAAGCAUCUGGUGAGAGGGAAGAUAUUGUUGUAACACUUCUGCCAGCUGGCCACUGCCCAGGAUCAGUCAUGUUUCUGUUCCAAGGUGAAAAUGGCACUGUGUUGUAUACUGGGGAUUUCAGACUUGCAAAAGGUGAAGUGGCCCGAAUGGAACUUCUGCAUUCCGGGGACAGGGUGAAAGACAUCCAGAGUGUGUAUUUAGAUACGACUUUCUGUGAUCCCAAAUUUCAUCAUAUACCGAGCAGGGAAGAAUGUGUGAAGGGAAUAUUAGAGUUAGUAAGAAGCUGGAUCACUCUGAGUCCUUAUCAUGUGGUAUGGCUGAACUGCAAAGCAGCUUAUGGAUAUGAGUAUUUAUUCACAAACCUCAGUGAGGAGCUUGGAAUCCAGGUGCAUGUGAAUAGACUGGACAUGUUUAAAAACAUGCCAGAAAUCCUCUGCCAUAUCACCUCUGAUCGGCACACCCAGAUUCACGCGUGUCGCCAUCCAAGGGAUGAUGAACUCUUCCGAGGGAACAGAUUGCCUUGUGGAAUGACGUCCGCAAAUGGGAAACGGUUGCAUAUAAUUAGUGUUAAACCAUCCACAAUGUGGUUUGGAGAAAGGACAAAGAGAACUAAUGUAAUAGUGAGGACUGGAGAGAGUUCCUACAGAGCUUGCUUUUCAUUUCAUUCUUCUUAUACUGAGAUCAAGGAUUUCAUAAGCUAUAUUUGCCCAGUGACUGUGUAUCCCAAUGUAAUUCCAAUUGGUAGAACAGAGGAAAAAGUUAUAGAAAUUUUAAAGCCACUGUGUCGCAUGUACAGCAAAAAUAACAAGCCACAAUAUAAACCACUUGGUGCACUGAAGAGGCCCAGAACCUUCAAGCUGACAAACACAGGUGGUGAUGGUAGUGAUGAUGAUCUCUUUGACACUGAACUGAUUCCUGCAAGAUACAAAAUUCCUAAACUGCUGCCAGAGAUUGCAUCUUCUAAGAACAAACAAUUCCAUGAAGACCAUGAAGAAGAGAGGGACAAAACAAUUAGUUGCUGUAAGGCAUCUUUCAUGCCUACCUCUUUAAAUGUAGAUUUUGUGGAGUGUGAGGAAUCCAAUGGGGAGGAUGAAGAAGAGGAGGAAGAAGAAUCUGAGAAAGAGAUUAUUUGCCCUGAUGGUCUACCACUGAGUACAGAGUCUACCAUUCUUUUGCCAAAUCCGGUAGGAUUGGCCCAUUCAGAACUCAUCUGCAAACCAAAUGAAGACCAACAACAACCUGAUUUAGAAGUGCCAAAAUGGGAUGCCUUCUUUAAACAUAAGAUGGAGGAUACAGAUACCUCUGAACAUGACAGUUUUCUGCCCCCAACAGAUUCAAGCAAGGCUCAGUCCCCAAGCCUCUUUAGUGACAAUGAGGACUUCAGUGAUUCUACUCAUAUCUCUUCUCAAAACUCUUCCCAGUCAACACAUAUAUCUGAACAAGGUAGUCAAGGGUGGGACAGCCAAGCAGACACCAUGCUCAUCUCAUCUCAAGAGCGAAAGAGUCUUAACUCUCCUAAAAGGACAGUGGACAGAACAGUAUUUUACACAUCUCAUUUCUCUGCUGGGGAAAGCAAAAUGGACUUACAGAACUGCAAGUCUGCUGAACAUGGUGGCCCUUCUUCUAACAAUGUUAACUAUGAAUGUAAAGCCAGAUUCCUGGAGAGAAGCGCAUCUGCCCUGAACAGUGCAUGGACUGAAUCUGGUCACAAGAAGGACAAGCAGGAAGAAGGAUUAUGGACAUCUAAUCCUUGUGCUCAGAUAGAUUCAGAGAGCAGUUCUGACUUUGAAAUCCCGUCUACUCCUGAUGCAGACCCCCCUAAACCAGACGAACUCGGUCGUCUGUACAAAAAGCUGGCAGCAGGGGAAAGUUUAUAAUAGUGGGAGGGACAAGUAAUGGGAAUUCAGUUUCCCCACCCCCCAGUACUCUUAAAUCAUAUCCUGUUGCUUUGCAAUUUGAGUCAAUGACCUUGAAACAUUCAUCUAAUAUUUGAUUUGCGCUCUGGUAAUUCUAUCUUGUAUAUAAAACUCUGAUAAUUUUUACAACGUGACUGCCUGCCAUUUAAUAAGAAAUUACUGCAUUCACCAAUGCAAAACUUUGAGAAAAGUGAACCAGAAGCACUGGUAAUUUAGAGUAAAUAACUAAAAACACAUUUGAGAUGUGGUUUAUCAAAAGUAAAAAAGAGCAAAAAGAAAAUA